UUUCCUGAAUGAUGUGCGCAGUAAAAUGGGGCGUUGUAGAGACUCUCACGUCCAUUCGUGGAUAAACUAUUUUUUAAAACAUAGGCUACCGUAAUGUAAGCAAAAGAAGACCUUCAAGAAAAGGGGAAAAUACGGUUUUGGGGUUGGGAGUAUUCACGGAAACGGCUACCAAGAGAAGACUUUGCGCAACGGUUCGAACACUUUCAAGCUAAACAGGAAUUUAUUUUGACAUUGGAGCGGGCGGGCGUGUCUCAUAUGCGUGGAGCUUGUUGGGAGUUUCCCGUUUAAACGAGGUAAUUUUGGUUACUUCUCUUGCAAAGAGCAAACGGGACAAGUAACACUACUCUGUGCAAACGGGAGCAGACUUUUAUUUGCUUUUUGAGCGAAGGACAUGGCCAAGUUGUUCCGCGCUGCUAUAAUGGGUCCUCCAGGCUCAGGUAAAGGAACCAUAUCAGAGAGGAUUGCGCAAAGCUUCGGCCUGCAGUAUUUAUCAAGUGGUCACUUUUUACGUGAGAGCAUAUCAGCUAAUACAGAGGCAGGAGUGCAAGUAAAGACAUAUGUGGAGAAAGGCAUGCUGGUGCCCGAUCAUGUGAUGACCAGGCUAAUGAUGCCCAGACUGGAAAAACUCAGUGGCCAGAGCUGGCUUUUAGAUGGUUUUCCACGGACACUUGUACAGGCCCAGUCCCUGAACAGUUUGUACCAGCUUGACUUGGUGAUCAGUCUCAACAUCCCUUAUGAGACUCUUAAAGACAGACUGAGUGACCGCUGGAUCCACCCGGGCAGUGGUCGAGUUUACAACAUGGGCUUCAACCCACCCCGAGUCCAGGGCAAAGAUGACAUCACAGGGGAACCACUGAUCCAGCACGAUGACGACAAACCAGAAGCUUUGAUGGCAAGAUUGAGACAUUACAAAGAUGUGGCUAAACCCGUCAUCGAUUUAUACAAGUCACAAGGAAUCCUCCACUCAUUUUCUGGUACCGAAACGGAUCGGAUUUGGCCUUACAUCAACUCCCUCCUCAGCACAAAGAUGCACGCACAGCCGUUGGAUAACCAUCAAAGCCAGGCGCCCUGACUUUGAGAAGACUGAGAGAAGAUUUCAAAAAUCAUCAGUAAGAAAGUAGAACAUGUGGAUUGAUCUUCUUCAAUGCUGGAAUGUUUGUCUUUCGGGUUCCUCACUGACAGCGGAGUUGAGAAAUGGCAGGACCAAAUCUGUUUUCACCCAAAUUUCAUAUGAGGGUUUUGCAGAUGAUGAUUUUUUUAUUUUUUUUUUUUUAAUUUGAGGUGUGCAUGUGGAUCUUUGCAGUACUUUACUGAAACGGUAUUUAGUGAAUAGCUAACUUGAUCAAUAGAAGCUAUUCUAUACAAACAGAUAUUAACUUGCAACAUCGACAAUCACAUAACACGCAAUCUAAACUGGAGCUGCAUGGGAGAAAAUAGCGAACAAGCAGGUUAGAAGACAGAAAAAGCAAAAGGAAGAAAUAUGUCAACCACAAAGGAAGGAUUUCCUUAGCAGUAUUUCCGCCACAAGCUAUGCAAUGUAUUCUUUAAGUCAGACCGUAUGACUUAGAUUGACAAGAAACCUGUUACGUAGGGGUGAGGAAAAUCAUUCCAAAGUUGAAUUUGGAAAUGAACUCAUUUAAUCCAAUAUACACGUGUCAUUGUAUUCAAUAAUCUCAAAUCAAGUCUCAUUAAAAAUCCAUAAAGUACCUUCUCAGACGUACAGUUAAAAAUCCCAGAAAAUUCAAAGGAAAUGGUCAAGACUGUCUGCUAUAGAGAACUGACAAACACGUAGUCUAUCCAUCCAUCUCCUCAUGAGAGUCGCGCGCGUGCUGGAGUCUAUCCCAGCUGCCUUUGGGCAGUCGACGGGCUACAGUCCAUCGAUAUAGUUGCUAUUUCCAAACAAUUUGUCCCAUACAUACGGAAUGUGGAGUAAAAAAAAUUUGACUGGCAAAUACAUUUGAACCUACUCGUGAAUACAUUUUAAAUCUUUUCGAACGUAUUUGUGAAUACGUUCAGACAAUAUAGCAUAAACACAGCUAUUCUCUUAGCAUUUGGCCUACAUUAUACCGAUAGAUUUGAAAAUUAGGUCAGGAAACAUUACCGGUAUAUAUUUGUACUUUUAUGGUUUUGUUAUGUAUGCAGUGAUUGACUUUCGUUCUGUAUUUUUCUCAUAGUGACACGUGAUAUGCGUAUCAUGUGCAACUCAAGCCAUGGCAUGGGGGGGGGGGGGAAUGCAGCAUCGAAAUCAGGCAUUGCAGACAAAACAAAAACAUUGAAUUAUAAAGAAAUAAUCUUUUCCUACUUAAUUUUUGAACAUGCUUGUAUAAUGUAAGCCAACUGCUAAAAUGUGGAAGUCCAUACCCUUUGGAAGUAUGGGGAAAAAAUUGCUACACUUGUACCAUAUAGCCUAAAACUACAGUCCAAUGUAUUUGCAAGUACAUUUGAACGAUUUGCCAGUCAAAUAAUUUUACUCCACCUUGGCAGUUCUACGACAUCCCUCCAGACUGCCUAGGGCCUCCAGACAGGGCCGAAAGCACAGAACACACCUUUGUGUAAGCACCAGACUAGAAUGAAUAUCAAACAAACGUCAUUAGUGAUCCCGAGUGACUCAGGGCGUUUAAAGGCCCGUGGCACCCGAAAGACAGUCUCUCAGAACCUUUUCGCUCGUUGGCUUGCGUGCCACUGGGUUUUGCUUUUCCCUCCGGUUCAAAGCGGUUUGUUCUCUUCGGUUGUUUUUCCCACAGAAGAAAUUAAAUUGAAAUGAUCCAUUCCACAGCCAGACUGUUAUUGUCACUAUGAUUUAACAGUCAUAGAAGUGUAGAUAUAAGUUGGAGAGUAUCUAAGCAAGUGGAGAAGGAGUCUUGAUGAAGGGAGUCCGCCUUAUACAUAAUGUCUUUUUACAUUCUCAAACUGUCGUACAUGUGUGGAAAUUAUUUUCCACCGUAUAGUAAAACUUAAAAAGAAUAAAUUAUGUACUCACCAAACAAUGAUUAUGUUGGCGGUGUUGAACAUGCAUAGGGAGAUUUACUGUGUACUGGAAUAUUAUACUUUGGUAUUAUUUUAAUGUCUCUUUAGACAUUUUGUGCACAGCAGCCUCGACAAAGACGUGUCCAGCAAUAUGCUGUGUUCCAUUUCAUGUUCUAUGGUUUCCAUCACUCGCACACAUUUGCUCUUCGUAGGCUUUUGUGGUGGCAACCAGAAAAAGUCAAAAGAAGCGCAUACACGUGUGGAGUUUGUUCAGCUUUUAGACGCUCACCAAGAUGAAGAUUUGCGCGAUAUGCUUGCCCCACAUCUAACGUCAUGGAAGGUGAUGGUUUGACCUGAAUUUUUAUGCAACUUGAAUGCAUUGUGUUCCAGAAAAGUAUUGGCGGGUUUUCACAAUGUGUGACCUUUUUGAUGUUGGAGUUUUUAGUUACCAUUGUAUAGCAACAGGUCUGUGCCUUUCCUCUCCCUCUUGAAUUAGAAAUUAACAUUAUUGGGGUCAUUUCGGAAUUUGCUGUAACAUCCCGUGCAAUGCAAACACGGCCACUUUGACGUAACUGCUUGGGAGAACCAGUUACUGAGUUAGUUUGUUACUAUUUUGCUCUAUUAUCUUCAUGUUUAAAGUUGUAUUUAGCUGUUGAAUUGAAUGACAUAUAUCUGUACGUGCUUCCAUUUAUGUUGGUACUGCAAAUCCAUUUAAAAAAAUGUCUCACUGUAACUCUACAGCCCCCCUUGUGGCUUGGGGAAAUAUAAAAAACACAGAUGACAGAGUUCCUUUGAUUGCGGUUUGUAGUGAUUCAUGUAACGUGCAAUAACCGCCACUCUGCUUUUCACCUUCAGGUAAUUACACUCGCUCAACGUUCCCUUCCGGUUUCAAAUAUCUUUGUUCCCCACCUUUGACAAGUUACAGCAGAAUGUAGGACAUUGUACAUUAUUGCCUGAUAGAUGGCCAUUGCCUAAAGUCUGCUUCUCUACCUGUUGCCUUAUGUAAAGAUGUAUAAUUUCACAGUGAAUUGGGAUCUUUAUCUUGAGCAGGGUACACACAUACCGAUGGUUCAACAUCGGAAUAAUUUGUUUUGGAAAUGUGAGAUACCUCAAACAUGAAAAGGAAAAGAAAUAGGUCAGCGUUUGGCCUACGGCUAUUAAGUGUGUGGUGUGCUUGGGACGACCAACUCAAUACAUCACACUCAUAAUGAUAUCCCAAUCAACAAGCGCGGGUCCCCUUUCACACACCGGAUGUGUGUCGUAUAUCCGAGAUUGACCUGUGAAGGCAGAAGAAGAAAAAACAGUCAUCAAAGAAGCAAGGUUAAAUGUUAACUUGUCUGGUUGCGUUGUGGUUGCAAACUCUUCUUGUCAUUUCCAUGGUGAUGAAUGAUUUGGGAGACCUGUUAUGCAACUAUUAAACAACCAGGUGCGCCUCCACAAUAUUUUUAUCUGGCAACAGCAUGUGCUUCAGGUCACCUCCCAUUUGACUAUCAUUACCUUUCUCAUCACAAUCAAAUUGUAUGUGGCUAAGCUGAGUUCAGUGUGAACCACAAGCAUAAGGAUUUGAGGUUGUGAAUACUGAACAUGUUCAACGUUUACAAUGUAAAUAUUGAACAGGUUCAGCGUUUACAAUACAAAUAUUGAACAGGUUCAAUGAUUACGAUUAUUGGCACCGCUUUCAGAGCAGGUAGGUGAAGAGAAAUCACUUUCCACAUCACGGCACAAUCGUUCAGGAUAAUCACCGUCGCAGAUAUCUGAGAAUCGGACCUGUGGCCCAAUUGUCAAUAUGUUUGUACCCUGCUUAACGUGACAAUGUAUGUACUCGUGUUGAAAUUCUGAAUAUAGUUCCUUGUAGUUAUGAGUACUUCCAGUAUGAGAAAUACACUUUUGUUUUUACACUGAAUAUAAAAUGGUUGUUGUCAAAUUAAACUUGUUGGAAAGUACGAGACGAUGCAUUCUUAUAGAGCUUAUAGUGACUCAACAGAUGAGCGAGUCAACAUGCCUUUUUUUUUUAAACAAUAGGAAAAUGUGUCUAUGCAAAAUGUCAAAAGAUUUGUUGGGAAUGUGAAAACACCUGAGCUGCCUCCAUACUCAGCAUGGUGUUUGGCAGCUUUGUUUGACCAGGGAGCUGGAUGGGUGCGGUGUGAAAGUUUUCUGUUGGUGAGGAUUAUAUCCCACUGAAUUUUGUGUCUGACAUUUAUUUUCACAUCACUAUUUUCCAUACCAAUUUUGCUCAAUCUUGUCAUCUUCCAAAUGCAAUAAAAAUAACUUUCUGGUGAA